GACAGACGCAGACGUCUGCUGGGCUUUGUCUGAUCUGCAUUUGUUUUCAUUGAUUGAUCAUGUUCAGUCUGUGUUUGUGGGGACUUGGAUCUGUGUCUGUCAGUGCAGUGUGUAUUGGCCUAUAACCGAUGUCCUGACUUCAGUUUAGCUCUAUUCACCAAAUCUAAUCAAACUCUCAGGGUGGAGUCCAAAGCCCUCCACAAUCUAUUCAGCUCUAGACAACAGCAAACUAAAAAAUGUGGGAGUUUCAUAGUCAUUUAGAUUCGGACUCCAUUAUACUCAGUAUUACAUGCCUGGGAUUAGGAACGGGAAUCUUCUCAAUUUGAUCUGGGAGACUCUUCUGUCUUUUUGGUGAUCAGAGGAGACCAUCAUGAUGAAAUCUAACGGAUCUCUCCUCAUCCUCAUCGGCUGUCUGCCUUUAGCAGUGUUGUCCUUGACAUGCUACACAUGCAUGUUUCCAGCCAUCUCUCCUCUGGACUGUCUGAAGUUCCCCCAGGAGUGUCCCGUGGGCCAGCGAUGUCUUGCCAGCACAGCUGUAGGAGUUAAAGGGUCAGUGUCCAUUGUCCUGUACGAGCGGAGCUGUGCCCUGCCCUCACAGUGUGACCAGAGCGGAGAGAAACAGGCCGCAGGAAUAAAGUUCAACUACACCAAUGAGUGCUGUGACACGGAUCUCUGCAACACUGCUGCACCCAUCAGCUCCCCCCGCUGGACCGGAGCAGUGCUGCACCUCUGUGGUCUGGCUCUCCUGCUCCAGCUGGGAUGAGCAGCUCUGGCUCUCACACGAGGUGCUACGACACCAUCAGCAAAGGAUGACGUUCAGAAACACCACCACAUACCAACACCGUCGGUUUAAAACCAAUGCAUCCACUCAAAUUUGACAUGCACACAAGACUGAAACUGUAAGUCCAUCUACGCACUUUCUUGCAAACGCCUUGCUUGAAGGGAAGUGCCUGCAACCACACACACACACACACACACACACACACACACACACACACACACACACA